AGAGCAACUAUACCAUGUGAUGUUUUUUCCCAUGCUUACCCCCAAGAUCGACUAUUUACUAAAAACGUGCUUUCCUUAGGCGGUUCAGCUCAAAAAAAACGUGCUUUCCUUGGUCGUCCACGAUUUGGAUUUUUCUUCUAAUCCUACUACCUUCUAGUAAGCAUCUUCGUUCAUUCUACUUCCCCUACUCCUUCUCCUUCGCUUAUCACACAAACCACACCAGAAACAAGAUGUCGGACGAAUUGGAAACGUUAAACAUCUCGGAUGCCAAGAAGAAGUACGUGAGGGAAGUUGUGAAUCCUAUCCUCGAGGACAUGGUGAUGGACGGCCUUUUUUGCGCAAAGCUAGAGGAGGAUCCGACGAUUAUGGCUCAUAAUACCUUUCUCUUCCACUCCCAGUAAGUGUGAGUGUGUAAGUAUGUGUUUGAUGUCAUGUGUUCGAGAGGUAGACCGAGGUGGUGUUCUUACGCGAGCAGCUCUGCUCCUGGUAUUGAUUUAGUACAACGUCAGGCUACGAUUAACUCUUUACAGUACAAAGAAAACACUCAAAAUCGCAAAUAUUGCAUUCAUUGCUCCCAGUACCUUUGUUUCUCUUUCUCUUGUUCCACUCCCUCUCUAACCCAACCUACUUACUUGCGUGGACACCUUUCUCUUCCACUCCCUCUCUAACCCAAACUACUUACUUGCGUGGACGAAUCUGCGUCGUUCCACCAUUUCGCAGCAGUAUGAGGAACUUCUUCACGAAAACGAAGGCUUGAAGGGCAAGCUCGGUCAUUGUGAACGUGCCUUGUCUGAGUUGGAGGCAGCUGCUGUAGCUCGCGCAGCGCGCGAAGCAGGACGAAAAGAACAAGAAGCGCUCAAAAAAGCUGCCUCUAGUGGUGGAGCUGCUGGUAGUGCCGAGGCAGGAGAAGGACAAGACGGAGGAGCAGGAGGAGAGAGACCCACAGACAGCGAAGAAUUCGACGAGGAUGAAUUAAUCGACGACGCAGACUUGCCCAAACCUGCCAGACUGCAAGCGAAAAGAGGUGCCAUUUCAGCGUCGGUGAAUGCUGGAAUUGCAGGUAUUGGUCCAGCUACAGGCGAACCAGCUUCACCACCCGCACACGCAAAGUCACCAUCUCAGAAAAAAAGAUUGAGGAGUGCUAUGGUACUUUCAUGUUGGCUGAUGCGCGGGAGACGUUGAAAAUUUGGCGCGAAAGACGUGCGUGUAGACCUUGGGGUGUACUACGUAACCAAUAAAGAUCUGAGAACUAAAACAACAUGCAUCACUUAGACUUUUACCUAUCAACACUUUUAAUAAAACACUGCCUCAUGAUCUAUACUGACAACACACUCCAACAGGGGAACAGCGUUUUGUUUUCGACGUUGAACAGUGCUGAUUUCCAGACCUGCAUCGAUGCCAUGGAGGAGGUGGCUGCGGAGAAAGGAGAUGUUCUCCUACGCGAGAAGGACUCUGGAACUGCCUACAUCGUGGUUGAGCGUGGCGAGCUCGAAUGCCGACAGGGCUUAGCCCCGCAGGACAUCUCCCCAGGUGGCGUCGCCACUAUCAUGUCCGCGUCAAAGGACGUGGCCCAACGCGUUGGCGAAGGAGAGGCAUGCGGCGAAUUGGACCUAUUAUACGGACAACCCAGUUCUCAUACGGUGAUUGCGUCCACGAAUGGGGUGAUAUUCUGGAAAUUGGAUCGCGAAACCUAUUCUCAGAUCGUAAAAGACGCCCACAAGCGAAAGCAGGCAAGAUUUGAGACGUGGUUGGGGAAAGUGCCACUAUUUGCCAAACUACGGCCAGCAGAAGGAGCAAAGCUCGCGGAAGCAUUGAAAUCUGUCAAGUACUAUCAACUCCACCUGUUGUGAUUUUGUUGUUCUCUUUGUUUUCUACUUCCUAUUAUGAGGUGUGUUUUGAAUCAUGUCUGUGUAUCCCGAACGUUCCAUGAUUUUUCCUUUUGGCAUUCUUUCAGAGGUGAGGUACUCUUAAACUCUUAAAAGUUCUAGUCGAAGUAAAGUGAUCCACAGGGAUAUACUUCCAACCCACCGCUCCAAUCGUAAAUGACUACAGCUUCCCCGCUGGUCAGCAAGUCUACGGCGAAUCUGAUGGUGACGCAUCGUUCUACGUGGUGGAAGAAGGCCGCUUGCAAGCACUCAGAAAGCAGCCUACUGAAGAGGAUAUUAACGCCGGGUUGAACCUUGUCGAGACUGAGCAAGAACAAAUCAUGCUAGAGUACGUGGAAGGCGAUUUUUUUGGAGAAAUGGCCUUGCUUGACGACGCACCACGCGCCCACACGGUGAAAGCAGUGACGGACUGCAGAUUGGCAACGAUAGACAGGUUAAGGGUUUCCGAAUUACAUCCCUCACUACCAUCCUUGGCUCCUUUUCAAGGGGGAAAUGGGUCAAGGAUGUUCUGAAGAAUGCAACUCGGAAACCUCUAAACAGGACAGCGCUUGCGGCUCUGGUGGGAAGCCUGACGACGAGUGCGGCUAUUGACGUCAAUCCCGAAGGGGAAGUACGAGCAGCCACUCCUGUGCUGGCGGGACAAGCACUAGCAGAGAGGCACGUGAUAUGAACACCGCAAGAGCUGCUGACAAGCACUAGCAGAGAGGCACGUGAUAUGAGCAUCACCGGUUCUAGUGUUGUAAGACCCUUUUGACCAGACGUCGUCAUGAUGCUUGUCGAUAUAAGCAAUUCCGGUGCUGCGAAUGUCUUACAUUAAAGAUACGAAAGAAACGGCACUUUAAUGGACUAUCAUAAUCUAUGACGAGAAUCCUUACCGGACGCGUUGUAUUAUAAAGAACCUGAACUCUUUUUGGAAGUGGAACGAGUCUAACACAUACGAUAAGAAUAUAGGGCGUAGUAAGCCUUUGUCCUGACGUUAUCUGG